AAUUAGAGGCGGACGGCAUUUUUAAUAUAUUUUACCGCUUUAAUAACAUUACAAUGAACAGCAUUCGUACGCGGGCGUUGCUUCUGAACGCACCGGAUCGAUUCAACAUUCGCGCCAUAUUUCCGUUCACAAGUAAAUCGAUGAAAUGACAAUCUACAGCAAGUUAGUGCAAAUAAUAUUGAUAAGUGUAUAACAACUAUUCAAAGGGAUACAUUAUAUUGGUAAUGUCGGGUGUGGAAAUCGGCGCGGGCCUAGCGUGGCGGCUGUUCGCUACUUUGGAAGGAGGGACCCUCCUGCUGGCUACAUCAGCACUUAUAGCUUACACGACGCGGAGGAAAUUGGCGACACGAAAAAGGAUCUAUAGGCCCAUCAAAAAUGUCUUCUUAACGGACACCACGAGUGUGCUCGGCAGACAACUACAGGCACGUCUCACGGAGCGCGGGUGUUCCGUGUCGACGUCUGAAUACGAAAAUGGCAAAAACUUAGACUGUCUAGUUGUGGUCGGGGCGGACUGCAAGGACGGACUGGACGGCCUCGCCCAGCUAGUCACUGACGACGUCCACAACAACCUACGUUCCUUAGAAUGCAUGUCCUCGCACGUGGUCGCCGGUGGUACAAUAGUGUGGUCGUGGUGUGUCAGGAGCGGCGGCCCUUACCGCUCCGCUGCGGCCGCCUUCCGCGUGGUGAUGAAGACCGCCCUUAUGCACUUCGCUGAACUUUCAGACUGCGAAGCUGUCUGGCUGGAGGGCUACGAUACGGCGGAGCGGACGGCAGACAAAAUAAUGGAAGAGCUGUUCCCUUGUGACGCACGCGACGGCUUCUCGUUUAGAAACGCCACUCAUAUGAUAAGCAACUUCUUCAACGGAUGUCUGAAAGUUAUUACAUAAAAAUAUAUUUAUGUGUCUCGUAGUAUAAGUGACAAAUAAUAUUAUUAAAUUAUAAAUAUCCAUGUAUACGUAAAAAAUAUUAAAUAACAAUAUUUUAAUUG